UAUGGUUACUUUUGAUUCCACAUUUUCUACGAAUAAAUAUUCUAUGAUUUUUUCACCUUUUACUGGGGUAGAUAACCACCGUAAAUGUAUUACCUUUGGGUCUGCUUUGAUUGCUAAUGAGGAUGUUGAUUCAUAUACAUGGGGUUUUGAGACAUUCUUGCGGUGUAUGAGUGGUUGUCAGCCCAUAAGUAUCGUGACAGUUCAAGACCCUGCUAUGAAAAUAGCUAUACCCAGAGUUUUUGACAAGGCAAAACAUAAGCUUUGCAUGUGGCACAUAAUGAAAAAAGUCCGUGAAAAAGUUGGGUAUAAACUUUGUGAUGAAACCGAUUUUCUUCUCCGUUUGAAUGCUGUUGUGUGAAAUCGUGAUCUAGAACCGAAUGAAUUUGUUAUUGGUUGGUUGUCCGUUAUGGCUGAUUUUGGAUUACAGAAACAUGACUGGUUUGUGAAUUUGUUUGAUAUUAGAGAAAUGUGGAUUCCCGCCUAUUUCAGAGAUGUAUUUUUAGGUGGUAUUUUAAGAUCUACUCAAAGAUCAGAGAGUGAAAAUAACUUUUUUGACCACUUCUUAAACCCAUUCCUAUCUUUGGUUGAAUUUGCAUCUCGCUUUCAAACUGCCAUAGAGUCUCAACGUUAUCACCAUGACCAGUUGCAUGCUAAUUCCAAAAAAUUAUUUCCUCAAUUUCUCACACCAUUACCACUUGAGAAGAAUGCUUCUGAACUUUACACCCUCACUGUUUUUUACUUGUUUCAAAGUGAAUGGAAAGCUGUGUGUUUUUCUUGUGGUAUUCAACGCUUCACUACUGAUGAAUCAGGCUGUGAUCAUGUUUCUGUUGUUGAUAUUCUUCGUGAAAAAACAUAUGAAGUUACAUAUAAUCCCGUUGAUCAUGAUAGUUCUUGCUCUUGCAAGAUGUUUCAGAGGGAAGGUUUAUUGUGCCGUCAUGUUCUAUUCAUUAUAAAAGUUGUGUUUCUCUUGCUGAGAGUUCAAAUGAUGAUCUGCAGAAGUUAUUGGACAUGGUUGAAUCUUUGAAAGGCUUAAUUCUUUCAAAACAUACUUCCAAUGAUGUUGGAAAAGGUUCAAAUGACAUUGAAAGCCUCUUAGGUAUCAUCUCUUCAUCAGAAUAUGUUGGUCCCUGUGAUCUACACUACAAUAAUGUAUGAAGAUGGAUAUGAAUAAGUGUAUUGGAAGCUUUCAUUGAUGGCUAGGAAGUUUACAGAAUGAUGUUGGAGAAGUUAGCGUAAAACCUCCGUAGCCUAGUCUAAGUAUGCGCAGGGAUGAAUGAAUGAAAAGCCCCUCUCACAAACUCUCUCAAAACACUCUUCUACGUUGGAAAAACUCUUUUCUACGCAUUCUACAUAGUGUCUAUUUAUAGCCCUUUGUAGAAUGCUAGGUUACAAGCAUUGGGCUUCCAAAAUAAAGAGGCCCAUUCCCUUUAGGAAUGUGGCCUUUACCUAAAAUAGCUUAUCUAAUAAAUUAUACUACUAAGCUUUAUAAAAUACAAUGGAUCACAAUAAAAAAUAUCUCUAACAAUCUCCCCCUUUGUGAUCCAAUGUCCAUUUCAGCUCUUAUUGUUCUUUUGCCUUUUGAAGUAGUUCUUCCGCAAUGCUAAGGCAUGCUCGUACAUGCACAACAUUCUUUUCUUUUCGAGUCUGUCUUCAAUUGCCUUUAGCACCGCGUUUAUUUUGUCGAAUUCCUUUAUUUCAGCUUCAGAGGCUUCAACAAGUCUUCGUUCGAUAUCAGAUUUCAGCGGAAGUAGUUUCUCUUUGAUGAUCUUCAGGGUCCCAUCACAGUAUCUUGCAAUGUCAUCUAUCCACAUAAUGCGUUUCUUCUCUUCAUGAUUGAGAUAAAUGACUAUGGCCGGAUCUUCAAAAAUAGUGUAAGGUGGAAACGCUUCAACCUCCGGUCCAUACAAGAUUGGCUUUGUAAGAUUUGUUCUGGUGAUGUUGUUCUUGAGAGCCAUCUGAAGAUCGUGAGUGGCAUGAACUCUGACUUGCCUCAUCAUGAAACGUCUUAUUGCUUCAUAUCCUUCUUUGAGGACUUUAUUCUUUCUGAUGGGCAGGUUCCUGUAGACCAUAGACAUUUGAUAGAUGUCUUCCAUCUUGAGCAUAAUGAAAUCGUUCUCUUGAUAGGUAAACUCUGUGCCAUCAGUUGUUUGUAAUCGAUAAAUCGAAUACUUUAUUCCAUGAUGAUCUCCUCUGGACACUUUCAGAAUAUCCCAAAUAGGGCAUUUGCUCGUUUUCAGAUCGUGUUCCAGAAUCUGGCGCUGUAAGCCUGUUGAUCGAUGAUAUAGCAUAUGAAGAUGUCCGCCGACUUGUCUACCUCUUAGAUGGGUAAGACCUCGGACUUUCAGCUCGUCUAGUUUCUUGAUCCUAUAAGGCUUUCUCCAUAAAUUCUUUCGGAUUUCCUCUUGGAAGGGGGCAGUGAUAUUGAUAUUCUCCCAUGGGUCUUCAUAUCUGGGCAAGAGCGCACAUGUUCUUCUGACAAUGGAGGGUAGCUCUGCUGGAGUUUUCUUGUAGUUCUCCCCUUCCUCGAGUUCAUCUUCCUCAAGCCCUAUUAAAUCUUCAGCGCACUUUUUCAGCAGGUCUCUGAGAUAGACUCCUCUUUGCAUUUCAUAUUGCUCGACCUCUUGUCUGAUGUCGUCCCAUUCUGUCCAUUCUCCGUUCCAUCUUUCAUCUAUAAUGAUGUCUUCUAGUUGAUCGUAGAUGGACGGGCUUUGUUCUUCAGUGGGAGCCUUCUGCAGUGUUGCUUCGUGGAAGGUAGAGCCGUGAUCACAAGGAUUGGCCGUUGUCAUCAGUCUAGAGCUAGGUUCUUCCUGAUGGCCUGAAUAAAAUGGUGUACACAAAGUAGCUACCUCAGGACUUCCACUCCAUCCUUGGUCAAAAUCUCUGAGAGAUAUGCCUCAGUGUUUUGUCUAGCUCAACCAUGCUAGAGAUAUGUAGGUUUGUGGCUUGACUAUUGGGUUGAGUAGUGGAUGGGGGCUGGUUGUUCGAGGAUUCCGGUUGGGAUUCGUGUGGGGGUUGUUGGCUUGUUGAUGCUCCAUGCUCGAGUGUCCGUUGCCUCUUGUUCUCCCCAUCAUGAGGAUCCGAAUCAUCGGGGUCCUCAUGUGAACGUUUGAGAUUACGGAGACUGUCACGGCAUGUGCUAUCGGUUUUUAAAAAUAUAAGAAGAAGGGCUUUUUGUCUGGGGGUUCGGUUGCCUUCUUCGGUGGCUAGAAUUCUUGCUAGCAUAAUAGAUUCGAGUUCCUCGAAAACAAUGGUGUAAGGGUUAGGAUGAGGUGUGGUCGUUGUAGGGAAGGACACGCAUUCUGUAUCCUGGGUUCCCCUUGAAGUGGUAGGUGUUUGACGUUGUGUGGUUGAUGGUUCAGAGGUUUGAAGGGUAAGUAUGAGGGUAAGUUGUUGUUGAGAGUGAGAAGUGGAUGGUUGUGGUUGGGUGGUGUCAAUCUGUAGCGCCUGGGUGUUCAUGAAUUUCUGUGCUCGAGCGGUUAUUGCUUCGUGCACCCAGGGUUUGAUGGUGGAAUCCAUGAAACGCUGCAGAAUGACAGAAAGGUCGGUAGGUUCGGGCUGUCCGGUUACAUGGGUAGUAACCGUUGUCACAGCAUCAGUAAAGAUUACCGAUGUGUGGCCUGCAUAUAAUGAUUGAGUUAUCUGUAGAGCAGCAGGACUUCCGAUCAUUAUUGACGUAUCUCCGAUCGUUGUGGACAGGUAAAGUGAACCUGUUGAGUGCAGUGGUGUGAGAAGUGUAGGUGUCCUAGAAAAAUUUGAAAAUGUAGGGAGUGUGACACCUAGACUCAUCGUGUUUGAAGGAGGGGUAGUGGUCCAGGGUGAUAGACCACUAUAUAAUUCCUCAACUGCGUCGUAGGGAGGCAGAGAGGUGGGUGUAGUAUCCCCUAUUUGUGAAACUACUACCUGUUGGGAGGAAGCAGUGUGGCUAGGUUGGGCUUGUGGAUGCGUAGUUGGGCUUGAUGCUGCGUCUUCUACUCGGAAACUGAAAAUAUCAGUCUCUGCACCUAUGGGGUUAGCCCGAUUUAUUUCUUCGAAGUCGGAACAGCUAUCAAAUAUGGUCAUGUCAUCCGCAAUGGCGCUGUCCGUUCGCAUUCUUUGCAUAGGAAUGGAUGACGAGGAGGGGUUGUCGUGACGUACCUUAGAGUGAGUCUCACUGAUUGUUUGUCCUUCAGUGUUUUUGAUCAGGUGAGACCCCUCUUUGUUUGUAGCCCUAGAAAGCCUUAUAAUGAGUCUUCCUUUCUGAGCAGGGGCUUUCUUGGCUUUUCUCGCAUUAUUGUCCUCGUCAUCGUCAUCCUCAUCACUGUCAUCAUUGUCGUUUUCCUCAGCCUUGCUCCCAGAGUCCUCAUCAUCAGCGUCUAGUGUUCUGGCUACGCUUGAUGAAUCACGGGUAGUCUCUUCAGCACGGGUGUGGCCCUCAGCAGACGUAGUCUGAUCAUCAUGGGGCUAACUUGCCACUGGUCUCUGUGGCCGAGUUGAACUCUUAGGACCCUCACUCACACUCGGUUUUCUCCCAGGGGUAGGCUCAGGGGGGUUUAUCUGAGCCAUAGGGAAUAUAAUGUUGUGCUCUUCACAGUAGCGUCGGACAAAUAGAUCAUUCGGAUCGGCUAACUGCAGAAGAGCCACUGGUAUAGUCAUGGGUACCAGCGUGCGAUCAUCAGGCAUCUUUUUGAGACGUUGGACGGACGAUAUGUAGACAUUCUCCUUUGAUAAUCUUCGACCAAUUGCUGGAGUGGAUCGGGAGAUGUCGUACAAUCAUUGAAAACCACCUCAUGUAGGGAAGGUGUUUG